CCGACGGGCGUCUCCCUCCUCAGAUCUCGAAGCCUCCUCCCCGCAAAUUUCCAUUUCCGCCGCGGCGAGGAGGAGGAGCAGCAGCAAACCCUAGCUCCUCCACCUUCGCGCCGGUAGUUGGGCUUGCGCGGGAUCCGAGUGGGAGGGGGAGAGAUCUAGGGCGCAGCGCCGCGCGGGGCCAUGGCGAGCUCCGGACUCGCCUACCCCGAUCGCUUCUACGCCGCCGCGGCCUACGCCGGGUUCGGGGCCGGUGGCGCCACCUCCUCGUCUGCCGUGUCCCGCUUCCAGAACGACGUUGCUCUCCUCCUCUACGGCCUGUAUCAGCAGGCAACAGUGGGGCCUUGCAAUGUGCCGAAACCCAGGGCAUGGAGCCCUGUGGAGCAGAGCAAAUGGACAAGCUGGCAUGGGCUUGGAAGUAUGCCAUCGGCAGAGGCGAUGCGUCUGUUUGUCAAAAUCUUGGAGGAGGAAGAUCCUGGAUGGUACUCUAGGGUCCCUGAGUUCAACCCUGAGCCUGUUGUAGAUAUUGAAAUGCAUAAACCCAAGGAAGAUCCCAAGGUUAUUCCGGCUUCAGCAAAUGGAAUAUCGAUUCCAGAACCUAAAACCAUAUCUGAAAAUGGAAGUUCAGUGGAGACGCAGGACAAAGUUGUAAUUCUGGAAGGUCUUAGUGCUGUCAGUGUUCACGAAGAAUGGACUCCAUUAUCUGUUAGCGGGCAGCGACCCAAACCUCGUUAUGAGCAUGGAGCAACUGUAGUGCAAGACAAGAUGUAUAUAUUUGGUGGAAACCAUAAUGGACGUUACCUUAGUGACCUUCAGGCUUUGGAUCUGAAGAGUUUGACUUGGUCAAAGAUUGAUGCAAAAUUACAAGCAGGAUCUACUGAUUCAUCUAAAUCUGCACAAGUCUCUUCAUGUGCUGGCCACUCAUUGAUAUCUUGGGGCAACAAAUUUUUCUCUGUGGCUGGGCACACAAAAGAUCCAUCAGAGAACAUUACAGUGAAGGAAUUUGAUCCGCAUACUUGUACAUGGUCUAUUGUCAAAACUUACGGAAAACCACCGGUUUCUCGUGGUGGCCAGUCAGUGACUUUAGUUGGAACAACUCUAGUUUUGUUUGGUGGUGAAGAUGCAAAACGGUGUCUUUUAAAUGACUUGCACAUUCUUGAUCUUGAAACCAUGACAUGGGAUGAUGUGGAUGCAAUAGGCACCCCUCCUUCUCCAAGAUCAGAUCAUGCUGCUGCUUGCCAUGCUGAUCGCUAUCUUUUAAUUUUUGGUGGAGGGUCUCAUGCAACAUGUUUCGAUGACUUGCAUGUCCUUGAUUUGCAAACAAUGGAGUGGUCAAGACCCAAACAACAGGGUCUGACUCCUGGCCCACGAGCUGGCCAUGCAGGUGCAACUGUUGGAGAGAACUGGUACAUAGUUGGUGGUGGCAAUAACAAAAGCGGCGUCUCUGAAACACUUGUGCUUAAUAUGUCAACUUUAACAUGGUCAGUUCUUAGCACUGUAGAAGGUCGUGUUCCCCUUGCCAGUGAGGGCAUGACUUUAGUGCAUAGCAAUUACAAUGGUGAUGAUUAUCUCAUUUCUUUUGGAGGAUACAAUGGACGAUACAGCAAUGAGGCCUUUGCUCUUAAACUUACCCUCAAAUCAGAUUUACAGUCAAAAACAAAAGAGCAUGCGUCAGAUAGUACAUCUAGGGUUCUGGAACCUGAGGUUGAACUUUCUCAUGAUGGGAAGAUCCGUGAGAUUGCCAUGGACAGUGCUGAUUCAGACCUGAAAAAAGAUGAUGCAAGUGAACUUUUAGUAGCUCUUAAAGCUGAGAAAGAGGAACUAGAAGCAGCACUUAACAGGGAACAACUGCAAACUAUACAGAUUAAAGAAGAGAUUGUUGAAGCAGAGGCUAGAAAUGCAGAGUUGACAAAAGAACUUCAAACUGUCCGCGGCCAACUUGCUGCUGAACAGUCAAGAUGUUUCAAACUUGAGGUGGAUGUCGCGGAGCUACGGCAGAAGCUCCAGAGCAUGGAUGCAUUGGAAAGGGAGGUUGAGCUGCUUCGAAGACAGAAGGCUGCCUCUGAGCAAGCAGCAUUGGAGGCAAAGCAGAGGCAAAGUUCGAGUGGCAUGUGGGGCUGGCUUGUGGGAACCCCACCAGAUAAGUCCGAGUCAUGAUCACCCGUCUCACCCGAAAAUCUCAUACAGGUCGCAGAUUCAUCAUAUACGUGUAACAUGUAUAAACGUUUUGGUGUCUGAUUUUAUCGUUUUCUGGCAUUCAUGUUCGUUUGGCGACAAAACAAUAAGGCUUUUUUUGGCAUGCGUUAUCCGAUAUUUAUUCUUAUAGAAAAUCCUUUAGCUCACUCUCGCAUCGUGGUUCUUGUUAGGUCGUAAAGUCUGUAUACCAUUCUUUGGAAAUCAUGUGGUGCGUUCAAAAUCUCACUAUGGAUUUGUUUGGGCGAAUACCAUUCGUCUGUACC